CCUCAAAUGUGACCCUAUCGCCGGAUAAUCCCCCGAACUGCAAAACCGGUUAUUUAGACCCCUGAAUUCCCUAAUACCAGAUAAAUCACCCCCCCAUUAGCGGUAUAUGAGCUGACGUGGCACAUUUGAGGCGGUUUAGGGUGUGAUUAGGCAUAGUUGACCGAUUUGUUGACUGCUGACGUGGCCACGGCGGUUAAAUCGCCCGCGGUUCCUUUUUUUGCUCUCGAUUCCCGCUGGCCACAUUCGAAAUCGCUCUCGAUUCCCCACCUGGAAACCCUAGAAAUCGCGGCGGGUCGUCGAUGGAGCAUCGCGGCGGGUCAUCGUCCUCUAGGGUUUCAUGCUCGCGGGCUCCCGUCUCAUCGUCGCCAAUCCCAUAUCGCGAGAUGUCACUGGAUUACUUGCAGGCGGUGAUCUGCCACUGCGGGUUGAAGGCACCCCGUUGGAUUUCGUGGAGCGUGCUUAACCCAGGGCAAAGAUACCACACAUGCCCCCUCCGCCGGGGUUCUGGGGGCUGCAAGUUAUUUGUCUGGCAUGACCCUCUGACAACAACAUUUCUUCGAGAAUUGAUCGGGGAUCUUCGUGAUUUUUGUCUGAAAUGGAGGAAGGAGAAUGAAGUGCUGAAAGCAGAGGCUGCUAAUGUUGAAAUGCAGUUAACUGAGAUACAGAAAAGGAUUGCAGAGGAGGAAAAUAAAGUUCUGAGCUUAGAGGAUGAGGUGAAGACAACGAGGAAGGAGCUACAAAAUCAGAAGCUUGUUAAUUUUGUCCUAAUUUUCAUGUUAGUUUCGGUUAUUUAUGCUGUAAUGUCAGUUUGAUGGAUGCAGUUUGUAAUGGGACAAAUGUGAACCUGUAAUGUCUUGAAUAAAUGGAUUGUCUUCCUUGAUGUUGCAAAUACCAUUUGAAAGACAUUUGAU